UUCCUCUGCGAGGGUGUCAGGGAGCCGCCCCACCGCGCUGUGCUGGCAGUGACCACGCAGCCAGAGGGACCAGCAGCACGGAUUCCCUGCCCUGGUCCCCAGCAGAGAACACCAAAAUGGAGAAGAGAUUCUGGGAGCAGCUCUGUCUGGCUCUCACCCUCCUCCUCCUGAAUCUGGGCUCUGCUGUGACUGCAAAAGACCCUCACAGCUGCUAUGGAGCUCCAGGACUGCCAGGCAUGCCGGGUGUGCCAGGCAGGGAUGGCCGGGAUGGGCUGAAGGGAGCCAAAGGGGAGCCAGGUAUCUCAGCUUCUUCUACACAGCUAGGGCCCAAGGGCAUGAAAGGGGAACCAGGCUUCCCUGGACCUCCAGGCAAGCCUGGCCCCCCUGGGGCCCCUGGUCCAAGGGGAAUCCCUGGGACUGUGGGCAUAGCCGGGCCCCCGGGAAUGCCAGGCAGCUCCAAGCAGAAGCACCAGUCAGCGUUCUCAGUGACGAGGCAGACCAGCCAGUACCCCUUGAAGAACGUCCCCGUGGUUUUCAACACCGUCAUCACCAACACCAACCAUGACUACGACACCACCACGGGCAAGUUCACCUGCAGGCUCCCUGGGGUCUACUACUUCGUCUUCCACAGCUCCCACACAGCCAACCUCUGCGUCAUCCUGCACAAGAACCAGAGGAGGAUGGCCAGCUUCUGCGACCACAAGACCAACACCAUGCAGGUCAGCUCGGGGGGGACGCUGCUCCACCUGGCUGCUGCGGACGAGGUCUGGCUGGGAGUGAAUGACUACAACGGCAUGGUGGGCAUCGCCAACUCCGACAGCAUCUUCUCAGGGUUCCUGCUCUUCCCGGACUAGAGGAUCAGCAGAGCCCACCCCAGCACCCCGACUGCUUCUACCUGCCCUGAACACACUGCUCACUGCUGGGCUCUUCCUGAUGCUCCCAGUUUCUCUGCAGGGAGGGGGUCAAUGCCAGCAGCCAGACCCCCCCCCCAGGUCUGGGGGCUGAGCACUGGUAGCUGCUGCACAAGGGGAACAGGCACAUCUGGAUGCAUCUGCGCCCAGAGUGAUGGUGCCGAGCUCCUGGUCCUGCUGGCACUGCCACGUGCAUCCCCCCUGAUAAUCCCACAUUACCUCAGAGGUCUCUCUGUGUUUCUCCCCUCCCCACCUGGGCUGCCCCAGGUUCAGCCAGGUGUCCUGGCACAGGCUGCAGCAACCCCUUUGCCAUGACCUGGCUGUGGAAAGUGUCAAUAAAACCUUCCCCAGUGCA